CGGUAGAGCUCGGCGCUUUAGUUUUGAGCUUCUGUGAGGGUCCCGGCGACGAGCAGUGUCCCCAUGGCGGAGUCUGAGCCCCUUCUGAGCCGGGUCCGCAGUGGCAGAGGGCGCGACUGCCCGGCGGGCGUGCCCUCUUGCCGCAGCGUCCAAGUCAGCCCUGGGCCCGAGGCCGAGUGGGACCUGUGCUUUGACCAGGCUGUGGUCUUCAUCGAGGACGCAAUCCAGUACCGCUCCAUCAACCACCGCAUGGACGCCGGGUCAUUGUGGCUCUACCGCUGGUAUUACUCAGGCACGAGCCAAUGGAUUCUGAGCUUCAUCAUUUUCUUGAUCCUGUCUUUGGCUUUUAUCGAGACCCCUUCCUCGCUGACCAGCACCUCGGACGUCCGCUACCGCUCGGAGCCCUGGAACCCGCCCUGUGGCCUGACGGAGAGUGUGGAGGUCCUGUGCUUGCUGGUGUUCGUUGCUGACCUCUCCGUGAAGAGCUACCUGGUAGGGUGGGCCCAGUUCCGGAGGAGUCUCUGGCUGCUGGCCUACCUCGUGGUGCUGGUCGCGUCUCUCCUGGACUGGACGGUGUCGCUGGGUCUUGUCUGCCAGGAGCCCCUGCGGCUCCGGCGGCUCCUGCGGCCCUUCUUCCUGCUGCAGAACUCCUCCAUGAUGAAGAAGACGCUCAAGUGCAUCAGGUGGUCGCUGCCUGAAAUGGUCAGUGUCCUGCUGCUGCUGGCCCUCCACCUGUGUGUCUUCACCAUGUUCGGGAUGCUGCUCUUCACGGGCGAGCAGCAGGAUGACGGGCAGGACAGGGAGCGGCUGACCUACUUCCGCAACCUGCCAGAGGCCCUGACUUCGCUGCUGGUGCUGCUGACCACGGCCAACAACCCCGACGUGAUGGUCCCCGCAUAUUCCAAGAACCGUGCCUACGCCAUCUUCUUCAUAGCGUUCACCCUGAUCGGAAGCUUGUUUUUGAUGAACCUGCUGACGGCCAUCAUCUACAAUCAGUUCCGGGGCUACCUGCUGAAGUCUUUCCAGGCCUCACUGUUCCGGAAGCGGCUGGGGACCCGGGCUGCCUAUGAGGUCCUCUCCUCAGCAUCAGGGGGAGCCGGGGUGAAGGCCCGGGACCUCCUGCCGGUGCUUCAGAAAGUCCAGGUGGACGGUGCCCGGAAGCAAGCCGUCAUGGAGAGGGUGCUCUCCCACGGCAGCGGUCCACUAUCGACCCGCGAGUUCCAGAAACUCUUCAACGAGUUUGACAAGAGGGCGACCAAAGAGCACCCGCCGCCGCCCGAGUACCAGUCCCCAUUUCUGCAGAGCGCCCAGUUCCUCUUUGGCCACCACUACUUUGACCACCUGGGGAACAUCAUUGUCCUCAUGAACCUCGUGUCCAUCUGUGUGUUUCUGGUGAUAGACGCUGACGUCCUGCCCCAUGACCGAGACGACUUCGUCCUGGGGAUCUUCAACUGCGUCUUCGUCCUCUACUACCUGGCGGAGAUGCUGCUCAAGGUGUUUGCACUGGGUCUGCCGGGCUACCUGUCCUACCCCAGCAAUGCCUUCGACGGGCUCCUCACCGUCAUUCUGCUGGUUUUGGAGAUCUUGACGCUGUCUGUGUACGGGUUCCCGCACCAGGGCUGGAAGCCGGAGACGAAGGGCCUGCUGUCGCUGUGGGACAUGGUCCGCCUGGUGAACAUGCUCAUCGUGUUCCGGUUCCUACGCAUCAUCCCCAGCAUGAAGGGUUGGCACCACCUCCGUGGGGACCACAAGGAACGGGCUCCGCUCUCUCCCCGUCCUCAGCUGAUGGCCGUGGUGGCCAGCACCAUACUGGACCUGGUCAGAAACAUGCGGGCUUUCGGUGGGAUCCUGGUGGUGGUGUACUAUGUCUUCGCCAUCAUCGGCCUUAACCUGUUCCGGGGCGUCGUCGUGGCUCCUCCUGGGAACGGCAGCCUGGCCCCCGACAACGGCUCCGCGCCCUGUGGCAGCUACGAGCAGCUGGAGUACUGGGCCAACAACUUCGACGACUUUGCGGCCGCCCUGGUCACGCUGUGGGACGUGAUGGUGGUGAACAACUGGCAGGUGUUCCUGGACGCCUUCCAGCGCCUCUCGGGCCCGUGGUCAAAGGUCUACUUCGUGCUGUGGUGGCUUUUGUCGUCCGUCAUCUGGGUCAACCUGUUCCUAGCUCUGAUUCUGGAGAACUUCCUUCACAAGUGGGACCGCCGAGGCCACCUGCAGUCCCUCUCCGGGGACCUGGAGGCCACCUCUGAGAUAAACACUGUGGACCUCUUGUUCAGGGAGGACCUGAAGGAGCCGACGGAGGAGGAGCUGGUGGAGAAGCUGAAGCACCAUCCCCACCUGCACCUGUGCAGGUGACAUCCCGGGUGCGCCUUCCCGACGGGGGCGGCGAUGGCGGAGCGGCCUGCAGACGGACACGGGUCUGGGGAGAGGCGGGCCGUGGCCGGAAGGAGAGACUUGCCCUUGGACCAGCCCCUCCGCCCACCUGA